AUGGCAAUCCAAAAUUCCCUCCUCGCAGCCCUUGCGCUGCUUGGAGCCACUGCCCAGGCCGCCGGUGUCUCUGGAAAGGCGUUCGGUUUCGCGACUGGUACCACUGGUGGUGGAAGUGCCAGCGCCGCUUCCCCUAGUGACACUGCCGAGCUCACCUCGUGGUUGACUGACAGCACUCCCCGUACGAUUCUCAUCGAUAAGGAGUUCAACUUCCUCGGCAGCAAGUGUAGCGACUGCAAAUGUUGCAAGCCCUCAUCCAACACGUGCGGCAGCUCUGGUCAGAACGCGAUUGACCUUGACUCCUCUGACUGGUGUGGCGACUAUCCCACUUUGACCUGUACUUAUGAUAAGGCCGCUCUUGAGGGUAUCGAUGUUGCCUCCAACAAGUCCAUUGUUGGCGUCGGCAGCUCUGGUGUUCUGCGUGGUAAGGGUCUGCGUAUUCGCAAUGGAGUUAGCAAUGUCAUCAUCCAGAAUAUACACAUCACCGAGCUGAACCCCCAGUACAUCUGGGGUGGUGAUGCUAUUACCCUGGAUGGCUCCGACCUGGUCUGGAUUGACCAUGUCAAGACCUCUCUGAUCGGUCGUCAGCACUUUGUUGCUGGUUACGAAGCCAGUAAGUAUCCUAAUAGACCGAUAAAAGUAUCUCAGCUAACCAUACCAUCUCCAGGCGGUCGUGUCACUAUCUCCAACAACGAAUUUGACGGUCAAACUAGCUGGUCCGCCACUUGCGACGGCCACCACUACUGGACCGUUCUCGGCUACGGAAAGAAUGACAAGGUCACCUUCACUGGCAACUACAUCCACCACACCUCUGGCCGUUCGCCCAAGCUCGAGUUCAACAGCUACUGGCACGCCUACAACAACUACUGGUUCAACAACACUGGCCACGCAUUCGAUGUCGGCGAUGGCACCAACGCCCUGAUUGAAGGAAACGUCUUCAACCAGGUCGACACUCCCUUCCUGGACGACAGCUCGCCUGGCCAGACCUACGCCGUCAGCGCCAGUGACAAGUCAUCCUGCGACUCUGCCCUCGGCCGCACCUGUGUCGCCAACACCCUCACCUCCUCCGGUGAACUGUCCGCCUCCGACUCAUCUGUCCUGUCCAGCUGGCCAAAGGGUGAAACCGGCAUCUCCGUCCUCGACGCCAGCCGCGUCCAAUCUUCUGUCCUGGCAAAUGCCGGUGUUGGAAAGCUGAGCUCCAGCUCCAAGCGCCGCCGCUUCAACGCUCCUCCUCAGGGGGCCCCUAACCUCCCCAUCCUCUCCUCCGCUGGUCCUGGUGCUUCCCCUACCGGACCUCCUCCCACAUGGUCUUGGAGGACUAUCGGUACCAAGCCUACCGCUCCUCCAUUCGGUGGUCCCAUUCCUAGCGGUGCUCCCAGUGGAUUCCCUCUGCCCAGCGGUGGUCCUCAGUCGAGCGGUUUCCCCGGUGCGCACGGUGGCCACGGUCACCACCACCACGGUUGGGGUAACUAA